GAAAAGAAACUUUCUCUCCCCUGCUUGCUUGCCCGCCUGCUGCUCUCGCUCUGUCCCGGUUCGUAGGCUAGAGACAAACAGCAAGUAAACACGCCGAGGGCGGGAGGGUGAGAGUGAACGGGCUCCUUUGAGGUGGCAAGUGAGGGACCCACCGGCUGGGCGAGAAAGAGGCCGCCGAAAGGGCACGCGCAGCGGCUGACUCGGGUGCCAGGCGAGGGGCAACUUCUGGAGGCGGCGGCGCCGCCGCUUUAGUGGCACGCCGCCACCCGUCAAGCCUCAGCUACUCCAAAGAAGCGGGCGCCGCUCUCAGCCCGGCCGAGUGCGCAGUCGGCACGUGUUGAGGGGACUCGGGCUGGUCGCGGAGCGAAAGGCGCGCUGGAGUUCUUGCCGAAGGGGCUGCGCGUAGCGGGAGGAAUCCACGCCCGGCUGCGUGGAGGCGGUGGCCGCCGCCAGCUUUCCUAGGGAGUGGAUCGGAGAGACAUUUGGCACCCGUUUACGCGAGAAACCAAGCGCCGGCCAAUCCGGAAAGUCUGCUUGAAGUAAUCGGCUCCUAGCAGGAUGGGCAGUUAAGUUACUUUUCCCAUCCUCUCCCACCACCUUUGCAGGACCAGCUCAGGCCGCCGCCGCCGCCGCCGCCCAGCGCUUUUGCGAGCUGGCAGACGUCUCUCGGGGCGUUUCCUGGGAUGCCGCCUCUCGGUUUCCAAGUUUCACUUCAGGGCGGCUGCUUAGUUCUUGCGAAACUUCUCCUUACACAAUGCGAGGCGGUUCGGCUUGGUCGGCGGGAGGCUUUUCCUGUUUUGAGAACGGCUAGAGCCGCGAGGUUGCUGCGGGGACUUUGAUGGGGAUUGAGAGAGCAAGCGCUUGCUGCUUUUCUGAAGAAGGAAAUGGAUCCAUCCUGACAUAGAAAUGGCUGCGUACCUGGCUGAGUGUUACCCAGAGAUGCUUAAGAGCAGAGCAGUACUUAUGCAAAUACUAGAAAGGUGGAAGAAAAGAACUAUAGAAAUGUAACCAGUCAAUUUACAUGUCGACCACAGGAUAUCUAUGAUUCAUCGCACAGGAAAGACAGUACAGAGAAGACCAAAAGAAUGAAAAGACACAAGUUCUGCUAUGGUAAUCCAGCAGGAAAGCGAUUCCUGAUCUUGUUUGUCAUUGUGUGGCUGUUUUUGCUGCUGAAACUUCUCAAAGUUGAGGAACUAUUGUUCUCUCACAAGGAUACUUACUUAGUGGAACCCUAUUUAAGCACCUCGUCGUUUGUGAAGAACAAGUACACCAACUUCAACCAAGACGUCCAGUAUGAGAUUAACUGUUUCCUCUUGUACAAUCAAGAGCCUGAGGAGGUUGGAAAGUCAUUAGAGAUAAGGAGAAAAAGGAUAAUCGAUUUAGAUGAUGAAGAUGUUGUUGCAAUUACUACUAACUGUCAAGUAUACCAUACAAUAAGAGAGUAUCAUUUAAAACCUCUUUCCCAGGAAGAGGAAGUAUUCCCAUUAGCUUAUUCUUUGGUUGUUCACAAAGAUGCCAUAAUGGUUGAAAGACUCAUUCAUACAAUAUAUAGUAGUCAAAAUGUCUACUGUAUCCAUUAUGACCAAAAGUCAUCUAGCACUUUCAAGCGUGCUUUGGAGAAUUUAGCCAAAUGCUUCCCUAAUAUUUUUAUUGCAUCCAGAUUGGAGGAAGUGGAAUAUGCAGCUAUUUCAAGGCUCCAGGCAGAUCUGAAUUGUUUAUCUGAUUUACUUAAAUCUUCCACUCCAUGGAAGUAUGUAAUUAAUUUGUGUGGUCAAGAUUUUCCUCUGAAAUCAAACUUUGAGCUGGUAUCUGAACUUAAGAAGUUAAAUGGAGGAAACAUGUUAGAGACAGUCAAACCAAGCAGCAGUAAAAGAGAACGGUUUAUCUAUCAUUAUGAACUCCAGAAUACGCCUUACAAAUACAUGAAGAUGCCUGUGAAAACUAAUAUCUCUAAGGAGCCACCACCUCAUAAUAUUGAAAUGUUUGUAGGCAGUGCUUAUUUUGUUUUAUGCCGGGCUUUUGUGCAGUAUGUCCUUGAAAGUCCUCUCGCUCAAGAUUUUUUUGAAUGGUCUAGAGACACUUACUCACCUGAUGAGCACUUUUGGGCAACACUUGUUCGAGUGCCUGGAGCACCUGGACAAGUUUCAAGGGAUGCUCAUGAUAUCACAGAUCUUCAGAGCAAAACCCGUUUAGUAAAAUGGAACUACCUUGAGGGCCAUCUCUAUCCCCCUUGCACUGGCACACAUCUUCGCAGUGUAUGCAUUUUUGGAGCGGCAGAACUCAGGUGGCUUAUAAACUAUGGGCAUUGGUUUGCCAAUAAAUUUGAUUCAAAAGUGGACCCUGUUUUAAUAAAAUGCUUGGCAGAAAAGCUUGCAGAACAGCAGAAGGAAUGGGUUGUUUUGUCUUCUGAAAAGAAAUUUAUACGCAAAACAUCUACAGGUGUCUCUUCAUAAUACUGUAUACCUGUAGUUGAACUUUAUGAUUUUUAAAAUAAAAAAAAAUAAAAAUUGCUGAAUUGAGCCAUAGUAUUACUCAGACAUACUUCUCUAAGCAAUUCUCUGGUCUCUUUUGGUGAGGUCUAGACCUAUUGCUACUCGUGCAAAAAUGUCCUAAGCUAUAUUUGCUCGGGUCCUUAUUGCAAAGGUAGGAAUGUGGAAGGUGAAGGCACCUUGCAGCAACAAGAGAGAGAGAGAGAGAGAAACUUGAGUCUUGAUUGAUGUUGACAUGAGUCAUUGGUUUCCAGUCUUGUGACUUUUGGGAUAAACAUCCCGAAUACUUGGCAAACAUGUAAAAUUAUUGUACAGUAUGCUGUUGUGUGCUGGUACCUUGUUACUGUAUACUGUAUAAGGAUUUGUGGUAGAGCUGGAAAACCUCCUGCCCUAGGGUUGAAUCCAGUUCUUCUGAGUUGUUGUUAGUUUCAGAAAGAACAUUAAGCUAAUAUAUUCUAGUAUUCUUGGCCCUACCUUUUUGCUGUUGAUCCUAUCCAAGUGUGCCCUCUUGAGAAUUUAUCUGGAAUUGAACUUGACACGUAGGCUGAAGAGGUUCCCCACUUUUGUUAUAUGCACUGGGGUGUAAAUCUCAGACUAACAUUAGAAUGAAAGAAGAAGUCGAAGAUGGUUCUGAUCUGCUCCUAAAAUAAUUUACAGGGAAACACCAUUAGAACAAAGCAGCCAUUCUCCUUAAUUCAAGGAUGAAAUAAACGGCCAUAUGAGACAAUCAUUCAUAACCACAAACUGGUCACUUCUCUGCUGUGGGGAUGUUCUAGCCAAGCAGGUUAAGACUGGAGGGGAGUAGGUGGUUUCAUCUGGAUAGAUUCUCUCUCUCACACACACACAGACACACACACAAUCUCUCUGGAACUCCCCCUCCCCCAGUGGUGCUCCUUAGUAUGAGAACCAUUGGCUUAACCCAUGUAAAACACAAAGGUCAACGUCUUUUUGUGUGUGUGCGGCCCUAAUUAGAGUAGUUCCAUUGAACCAAUAGAGAUUUGGUAAGUCAAAUUUUAGAUUUGGAUUUUGGCCUGCUUCAGAACCUGUCUACAGGCACACAUGAUUACGGAAGAUGAGACCCAAUUAUCUUGCAUUUUGUAUAUUCACUAUUGGGUGCUAUGCAACAUAAGUGUGAAAUAUUAUCAGAAUAGACUCUCUCACUCUGCACUGUUAAAUUUGAGUGUGGAGAGGGGCAGGGAGUACAAUCAGUACAUUGGAUUUUUAUUUUUUUGUGAUAAUUUUACAGAAUAUUUUAUUAUUUUUGUGAUUGUAUUAUACAAGAUGGCCAAGGAACUUUUGAAUGCAUUUUCCUGGUGCUCAUGUUUCUUCUGUACCUGCCACUGCCAUGAUCUACUGGUGAUUAAAAAAAUUUUUUUUACACUGUAGGAUACAUUACAGUACAUGGUUGAACUGUGGUCUCAGUAGCGAGAUUCUUUGGAUUCCUUGGUCUUUGAACUUACAUAUGUAAUUCAGUGUCUGUUCUUUUUGUGCAAUAAUAAUUAACAUUGGGGGCUUGUUCAAAUGUUCUAUAUUAUGACAUGAUUUUUUUUUACUUGUAACUGUUUCACAAAGGGAAUACAUAUAUCUUCCUUCUCCCCCAGCAGUUCUAGCAUUGCUGAGGUUCUAGAAUUCCAUGUGCACUUUGGCUUUGCUUUAUUAAAUGCUCAUCUCUCCUUUCUAGUUAUUGAGAUCUUGGAGUGGAGAUGAUGUACCAUAUGGGUGGGCAACAUGUGGUCCUCUAGAGCAGUGGUCCCCAACCAUUUUGACACCAGGGACCAGUUUAGUUGAAGACCAUU